GUGAAAGUAUUCAACAUGGCGUCUACUGGUAGGUCAAUACGUGGGAUUUCUUUGAGACAGAUUUCGGGCCGAAUAUUGUUCUAAACGAGAGUCUUGCAUGCAGUCUUACUUGUGUCAAAGUGUCAACUCACGAUUCUAACCAUGACCAGCGGUCGCGUCCACUCCAAGCCUCCCCAUACUCGCGCAUUAAAUAUGGCAGUGAUCGCCGGAUCGCCGCUGUGACGAGUUCCGUCGACACCCGCCAUAAAUGCCGCCGUCUUCUUAAUCGCCCCGACGUGUGUCACUCACGAGCUGAUUGCCGAUCUAGCGUUGCCUGCGCAGCGGCAUCCGUCCGUCGCGGUACGUGCGUCUCCGUGCCCGAACCAAAGUUUUCUCCGCCGAGAAGGACUAAGCCUCCUCGCGGAUUUGUACGAGGCUGAAAAGUGAACGUGCCCAACGUGUUCGGGGUAAGCAGCGUGCGCCCGUGGCCUCUAUCUUCACGUGCGCUCACUGAAACAUGCCAGGAAAAAAGCAUAAGGUUAAGGGGAAGACCCUCAAUCUCAAUGAUUUUUUGGGUACUGAUCAAGACGCACCCACAGGAUAUGCGGUGGUUAACACUCGUCGUCUCAAUUGGGCGGACACCAUGGAAAAUGAAGUCGUAGACGAGAAAUACACGAUAGACUGCAAGAAGGACGAGAAGAUCAUCCUGCCGACGGCUCCCAAGGCUGCCCGGGGCCCCGAUGUCGAUAUGUCCAAGGUCCCCAGCAAGCCCCCCUACACCGUCUACCUCGGCAACCUGCCCUACGAUGUGUCUGACGAAGACGUCAUCAAGUUCUUCAGGACGCUCAAGGUGUCAUCUGUGCGCCUGCCCAGGGAAAGCGGAGAGAGGGGCCGCAUGCGGGGAUUUGGGUAUGCAGAGUUCCCAGACAGGGGAACCCUCCUGGAAGCCUUGGCAUACAACAACGAAAGCCUCAAGAGCCGAUCGAUUAAAGUGAGCCUAGCUGAAGAGCACGACAACGAAGGCCGAGAGCGCGGAAACCGCGACAUGGGUCGAAGCGAACGCGCGACUGACGGUGAUUGGCGCUCCAUGACCAGGGACGACGGGGAUGAUGGUGGACGGCCGGACCAUUCCUACGGGAGCAGCCGUGGCUUUGACGACUCGGACGGAGGUUACCGUCGCAGCGGCUUUGGACGGGACUCCGACCGGGACGGCGGUGACCGGGACCGAUCCUUUGGCGGAGGAUUCUCGAGGGACCGGCCUCGAGGUUUCGGAGACCGCGACCAGGGCUACGACCGCGACCGUGGCUUCGAGCGACGGAGCGGCGGAGGCGGUGGCUACGAGAGGCCGAGAGAUUACGACAGGGGUUACGGCGGUGGAUCGAGUGGCGGCAGUCGGGACUACGGCAGCAGCUAUCGUGACGAUCGGGACAGUCGGGAUCGAUACCGAUCGGACGACCACCCCUCCGAACGGGACCAAGAUUCGGGCCCCAGGGAGCGCAAGAAGCUGCAGCUCAAGCCGCGCUCCGUGCCCGUGGAGGCUCCGGCCAAGGAGGCGGCCGCAGCGGCUGCCCCAGCCGCCCCGGCACCUGCCAAGGCGUCGGCGGCCAUCUUUGGCGGGGCAAGGCCGGUGGAUACGGCAGCGAGGGAGAGGGAGAUUGAGGAGCGCCUGGCCAAGCAGCGCGAAGAGGAGGAGCGCAAGCAGAUCAUGAGCCGCGAGCCGUUCGUCGACAGCCGGAAGGACGAGCGGGUGAGGCGCUCGAGCGUUGGCUCUGGGUCGGGACGCUCCCGGCGCUCUUCGGAAUCCGGCGGCCGAGACUCCUACGACGAGGGGGCCAGGCAGCCCGUCUCGCGGCAGUACAGCAACGACAGCGACCAGCAAUAUUCAGCCUCUCAGGGGAGCAGACAGCCACCACAUGGACACGAGGGAUCUGCCUCCUCGAAAGGUGGCGAGCGUCCAAGCGAGCGUGCACGGUGGGGGGAGCCGGGCGGCGCGAGGGACGGUCACAGCAGUCGCAACGGCGGCGAAAGGCUGCCCUCGAAACCGGACCUCGCUGGUGGCAAGGCCGACGACGGCAAAGUGGUGUACACAAGCAAGAACAUAUACUCCCACCUGCAAGAUGAAGAGGGGCAUGAUGUUUCUGACUGAGUCGGUGCCUGUGCACACCAGGUCUUGGCGUCACCCCCAAGUGACAUUUGGCUAGAAUGUGCUGUCUUCUCUCGCCUCCCAGUCUGUCUUUGCUUUCAUUUCCUCUCUUUCUUUCCUAGAGGACUUUCAGUUGGCUGACUCUGGCCUCCUUGUUUCUAUCUCGAGCUCUUGCUUUCUUCUAGCAGCUUUCUUUUCCUUUCACUGCCUUGGGGCUGCAGGAUUCAGAAGACUGCUUUGUGGAAGUUUGUGGACCCCCAAUAAAUUUUGAUAUGAUGUUUAUCCGAAGGAGUGGUUUCCCCGAUGUGCACCUCGAGGAUCGAUCAAUAAAGGUCUAAGAUAAAGUACCUUUUUUUUUUUUUUCCCCUUAAUUUAUUUGGCUGCUUCACAGUGCUUGUCAGGCUACAGUCUAGCACAGUCCUCAGUAUAUGAGCAUAUUUUGUAUUUUUGGAUGACCCCUUGUGUUUAUGGAGCUGUACAUAACUUGAUGUUACUGUCUCUUUGCUUUCCUUCGUUACAGCCUGAAAUCGAUACUUUCCUGCAAUUUGCAUUUGUUUAAUUGAAAUUGUGCAUCUAGCUUUGUUUGUUGUGACCAGUUCUGUGCAACACUUUGUAGGCCCAUUGAUCUGUGUUUUGAGGAGGAGGUGAAUACAGUAUCAAACUUGAGGAUUCUGUGCUAAUGUAACAUUUUUAUGCAGUGCUCAAGUAAAGUGUCCUCUCAUGUUUCUACUAAUGUUUGGCAUGCUUGUGUUGUGCAUGCGUAUUGCACACAUUUUUUGGAACAUGUACAUACCUUAGUAGUGGUUGAGCUACGUAUCUGCAACCUGCCUCGGAGUGGAAAUUAUGUAUGACAGGUUUUUUUUCUUUGCCAGGCAGAGGGACAUCUUUUCAAGAGUCAUUGCAGUUUGUCCAUAACUGGAGUUAUGCAGGUUACUCAAAAGCGUGGAUCGCUUACAGCUUGGAGGUUCUGAACCGCUAAAGUUUUGUAGUUCAUGUGGUAGCUAGAUAGUGCAGUGUAAAUACUUUUAUGAACGAGAUCGCACCACCUUGAAACUGUCCUGCUUUAUUUCCCAGAUGUGUAUGCAUGCCCUACAUAUUUCUCCGUUUCCUCACCCAACUACCUGCUUUUCCUUUUCCUCAUCCACUGGGUCGAGAGUGAAUAAAGUAAUUGCUAAGCUUAAA